AUGUCCUCCAACCUCAUGAAGACGGAGAAAGGCGGCGAGCAGACUCAAUACGAAAGUAUCACAUCGACCGCUCCUCCUCACAGCAAAUCUGGUGGACAGAUGGGAAGUGUAGAGACCACAGAGGAUCCCGAGAAGACGGAAGAGGGAAAGGCAGCGAAGAGAGCGCAUGGGGAGAAGACGGCGGAGAAUGUGAGAUAUGGACAGGGAAUCAGUGAGACAGUUGGUGAUACAAUCAACCAGACAGGAAAGGCGGAUGUGGGAGGCGACGAGAAAGCGGAUGGGAGAGCGGCGGCAGGUUAUGGUGGAGGCAGCGGAGUUGGAGCAUAG